CAGCAAGUUCAGCCAGUCCCGUCCGUGCCCCAGACAGACGGACAGACAAACGGACAGACGGAUGGUCGUGAUCUGGUGGCGAGGUCCGUCGGCCUCGAAGUAGCUCACUUUCUCGACGAGACGGGUCUCGUAGUGGCGCUUCUAAUUGCCGUUGCUGCCGUGCCCGGAGCGUCUUGGAGACGGAGAAGGUGCGAGCGAGAGUGUGGAUUUCGAGUGUGUGAGUUGUCUGAUUUUGAAAUUCGAAGAGGAUUUUGAAAAUGCAGGCCGGUGGAGUUUGCGUGAGCGGAGCGCAGGCCGGAGUCCGUUGCGCUCCUGCGAGGAGCGUGGCCAGGCUCGCGACCGCCAAGAGGACGGAUUUGGGGUCGGUUUUCAAGACCGGGCACGCGCGCCCGUUCCUUGCUCAGGUCUCGUCGCAGGUCGCCACGAAGAAGGCUGAGCUCGGAGACGCCCCGAGGAGUCGCUCGUUUGCGGCUGUGAGGAUGUCUGCCGGAAAGGAUGCGCCCAUGUUGACAGAUGCCGCUCAGUUGAUCUCCAGUGUGGAGACUUUCGUCUUCGACUGCGAUGGUGUAAUCUGGAAGGGUGAUACUUUAAUUGACGGUAUUCCAGAAACACUCGACAUGCUACGUGCCCUGGGCAAGAAGCUUAUCUUUGUUACAAACAACUCCACCAAGUCAAGGAAGCAAUACGGGAAGAAAUUCGAAAGCCUGGGCUUGGAUGUCAGUGAGGAAGAAAUAUUCUCCUCCUCGUUCGCCGCAGCUGGUUAUUUGAAGUCAAUCGAUUUUGCUGCCGACAAAAAGGUGUACAUCAUAGGUGAGGUCGGUAUUCAAAAGGAGUUGGAGCAAGCGGGCAUUCAGUAUUUGGGAGGACCUGAGGAUGGUGACAAAAAAAUAGAUUUGGCACCAGGGAGCUACAUGCAGCACGAUCAUGAUGUUGGAGCAGUUGUUGUAGGAUUCGAUCGUUACCUGAACUACUACAAACUCCAAUACGCCACGCUCUGCAUCAGAGAAAAUCCUGGUUGUCUUUUUAUCGCCACCAACUGUGAUGCUGUGACCCAUCUUACUGACGCUCAAGAGUGGGCCGGUGGUGGUUCUAUGGUCGGUGCUAUCAAAGGGUCCACCAAGAAAGAGCCUACUGUUGUUGGAAAACCUUCCACUUUUAUGUUAGACUAUCUCGCAAACAAGUUCAAUAUCAGCAAGACGCAGAUCUGCAUGGUCGGAGAUAGGCUAGACACAGACAUACUGUUCGGACAGAAUGGUGGAUGUAAAACUCUGCUAGUUCUUUCAGGAGUGACGGACUUGAAGACUCUGCAGAGCCCAGAUAAUUCUAUUCAGCCAGACUUUUACACCAAUCAACUGUCUGAUCUGCUGGCUGCAAAAAAAGUAGCAACCGUAUGACUGAAGCAUAUAUACACUAGAUCAGAAUCUGUAUAAUUCAUUUUUCCCAUGAUCGGUGACUGUAUAUUAUCUCAUUCUUAUUGAAGUGAACCCAGCAAAUGUUCUCGCUUUAUAAUGACUGGGUCGGUCUCAACGAAUCAGGAUUCCCUGACCAUGUGCUCGACAUCCUGCCCAAUUAUCCUAGAAAAGCGCUGUUCUACUCGCAAGGCUGAUUCAAGUUACAGAGGCCAGUCAGAGGCCGUCAUGUGACCAUCCGGCAACUAUUUUGUCCACUCUAUAGAGCCCCUUGUGCAGAAAUCUAUUUAGAUAACACAGCCACCGUGCUCUCUCUUUUCUCUGUUCUCACCGUCCUCGUUGUGUAACCGUUACAAGCACCCUGCCAA